AUUAUGGACAGUCCGUGGCACCCUCUAAAAUUAAGGACAGUCCCGACGGCACUCUCUUAAAAUUAUGGGACACAGUUCCGUGGCACCGUCUAAAAAAAUUAUGGACAGUCCCCAGGUACCCUUUAAAAAUUAUGGACAGUCCCGUUGUACCCUCUAAAAAUUAUGGACAGUCCCGAGGCACCCUCUAAAAUUAUGGACAGUCCCGUGGGCACCCUCUAAAAUUAUGGACAGUCCCAAAGCACACUCUAAAAUUAUGGACAGUUCCAAGGCACACUCUUAAAAUUAUGGACAGUCCCGAGGCACCCUCUAAAAUUAUGGACAGUCCCGUGUGGUACCCUCUAAAACUAUGGACAGUCCCGUGGCACCCUCUAAAAUUAAGGACAGUCCGAGGCACCCUCUAAAAAUUAUGGACAGUUCCAAGGCACCCUCUAAAAUUAUGGACAGUCCGAGGCACCCUCUAAAAUUUAUGGACAGUCCCGUGGCACCCUCUAAAAUUAUGGACAGUCCCCAGGCACCCUCUAAAAUUAUGGACAGUCCCCAGGGACCCUCUAAAAUUAUGAACAGUCCCCAGGCACCCUCUAAAUUAUGGACAGUCCCGUGGCACCCUCUAAAAUUAUCGACAGUCCUGAGGCACCCUCUAAAAGGU